ACACACCUCACAAUAGAACUAAGUUGUAAGAGUUUCAUUUUCUUUGUUCUUUCUCACAAACCAAAAUGGUAGGCAAAAGAAAUGAGCCUCAUGUCAUAUUUGUACCUUACCCAAGCCAAGGUCACAUUAACCCUCUUCUCCAAUUUGCAAAACGCUUAUACUCCAAAGGUGUAAAAGCAACUUUAGCCACUACUAAAUACACAGUCAAGUCUAUUAAUUCACCCAACAUUUCAGUUGAAGCAAUUUCUGAUGGAUUUGACGAAAGUGGUUUUUCCCAAGCCCAAAAAGCAGAUAUAUAUCUCAAAUCAUUCAAAGAAAAUGGUUCAACAACUCUAUCAGAAAUAAUAAAAAAUUACAAGAAUUCGACACAUCCGAUAAGUUGCAUUGUUUAUGAUUCGUUUUUACCAUGGGCUCUUGAUGUGGCUAAAAAACAUGGGAUUUAUGGAGCUGCGUUUUUUACAAAUUCAGCCACUGUUUGUGUAGUUUUUGCUCACAUUCAUUAUAAAACAUUUUCAUUGCCGGCGAAGAUUGAAGAAAAUGAGCCAUUGUUAUUGCCUGGAUUGCCUAGUUUGUACCCAAUUGAUGUUCCUGGAUUUAUUAGGGAGCCUGAAAGUUACCCUGCUUACUUAGCCAUGAAAAUGAGUCAAUUCUCUAAUUUGGAAAAUGCUGAUUGGGUUUUUGAUAACUCCUUUCAAGAACUAGAAGGAGAGAUAGCAAGUGGAGUUUCAAAUAUUUGGCCAGCAAGGUUAAUUGGACCAAUGGUGCCAUCAUCCUAUUUAGAUAACAUAAUAGAAGGUGACAAAGGGUACGGAGCAAGUCUAUGGAAACCACUUAGUGAAGAAUGUCUCAAAUGGCUAAAAACAAAGCCAAAUCAAUCAGUAAUCUACAUUUCUUUUGGCAGCAUGGUAUCACUCACACCACAACAAAUGGAAGAAAUGGCAAAUGCUUUAAUAGACAGCAACAUGAAUUUCCUUUGGGUUGUAAGAGAAACCGAAAAAGGCAAAUUGCCAAAAAAAUUCAUAGAAUCCACAAUUGGAAAAGGGUUAAUUGUGUCAUGGUGCAAUCAAUUAGAAAUGCUAGCAAAUCAAGCCAUUGGUUGUUUUGUGACUCAUUGUGGAUGGAAUUCGACUCUUGAAGGAUUGAGCCUUGGCGUGCCAAUGGUGGCAAUGCCACAAUGGUCUGAUCAAAUGACGGAUGCUAAAUUUAUAGAUGAGAUUUGGGAAAUUGGUGUGAGGCCUAAGUUGGAUAAGUUUGGGAUUGUUAGAAGAGAAGAGCUAUUGUUUUGUUUAAAGGAAGUAAUGGGAGGGAAGAGGAGUUAUGAGAUUAGGAGAAAUGCUGGAAAAUGGAAGAACUUGGCUAAGAAAGCAAUUAGUGAAGGAGGUAGCUCGGACAAGUCUAUUAAUGUAUUUGUGAACAGUCUUAGUCUAGCAUGCCAGAUGAAGAAGUACAAGAAAUAAUUCGUGAUUGUCUUUUUCAAGAAAUAUAACAAUCAAAAUACAUGUUAGACUUUAGUUUUAAUUUGAUUUGAUUUGAUUUGAGUUUGGUUUAUUCGAUUUUUCUUAAACAGCA